CCAUUCAGUUGAUUUCCGAUAGCGAGCGUGGGCAAAACUGACAACCUAGACCUAAAAACCGAAGCAAAAUGAGCUGCGGCACCAAGACAUUGAAGGUGUCCUCCUUCGUUUUGGACUUUCUGUGCUGUGUUUUGGCGGCACUGACCAUAGCGGCCUGUUCCUAUGCCCUGAUCACUUUCAGCCACAGCGCGGCCAUCCGAGUGCCCUGUAUUUUGGGCAUAGUCCUGGGAUCCCUGCUCUUUCUCAGCACGAUCUUUGGCUGCAUUGCCGCGUUGAGAGAGAACAUCCGCAUGACCUGGAUCUAUGCUGUGGUUAUGCUAGCCCUGAUUUUCGGACAGAUCACCGUGAUCUUCGCCCAACCCAUAAACUACGAGCUGCUGGCCAACGAGACAAUAUACGACGCCUGGCAGGGACAGCUUUAUAAUCAGAGCAGAAUGCCUUACUAUGAAAUCAAGUAUCACUGCUGUGGGCAGACAGGGCCCUCAAACUAUCCGGAUAGUGGACUGCGAGUGCCGCAGAGCUGCUACUUCAACCAGAAUGCGACGGUGGCAACGGAUCUCUAUACCGUUGGUUGUGAUCAGAAACUGGCAGCAGCCUUUAUCAAGGGAACCCGCUGGGAAAGGAUCAGUGACUGGUCUGUUGUGGGCGUGGAGACACUCACCGUUAUUAUCGCCGGCCUUUUGGCUAUAGCCUUACAGAAUGUGGAGCGUCGUCGUCGUUAUUGAUAAGAGCUAAGUCCUUACAGCAUCUGCCAACAGUAUUAAAAGCUGUACGAAUAUUCUUAGUAAAAGUGUUCCUAAAUCUGUAAA